AUGCCCAUGUCUACACUCCGCGAAGCCAUCCAAGCCGAGACCAACAUCGUACCUACCUCCCAACACCUCUACCACAACGGUCGCUUGAUCCAAGAUGACACUCAGACGAUGGAACAACUGCAGAUUGCCGAUGGCGAGAUGCUGGCGCUACACGUGAGGGACAUGCAAGGAAGCACUGGCUUGCCCGACCAGGGCAGAAGGGCACCGCAGCAGCGCCGGCGACCAGGAGGACAAGACCCUGAGCUCAUUCGCCUCCAGAUCCUGGGCGAUCCAAACCUACGGGCCGAAGCCACCCGCCAGCAGCCCCAGCUCGCCGCCGUUCUCGAUGAUCCCCAGAGAUUCGCCCAGCUUUUCAACCAGAGUUACGACCGUGAGCAGCGGGACCGCGAAGAGCGGCAGAGGCAGAUUGCCCGUCUGAACGAGGACCCCUUCGAUAUCGAGGCUCAGCAGAAGAUUGAAGAGAUGAUUCGUCAAGAGAGAGUUAUGGAGAACCUCCAAAACGCCAUGGAGCACAACCCUGAAGAGGUGAACGGCCAUAGAGUAAAGGCGUUGGUCGAUUCUGGAGCACAGGCAACCAUCAUGUCUCCUUCAUGUGCCGAAGCCUGCGGCAUCAUGAGACUCGUUGACAAGCGGUUUGCGGGUGUGGCUCGUGGAGUAGGCACCGCAAACAUCAUCGGACGUGUACACUCUGCCCAGAUCAAGGUCGGCACCAUGUUUCUGCCUUGCAGCUUCACCGUCAUGGAGGGCAAGCAGGUCGAGCUUCUCCUUGGCCUCGACAUGCUCAAGCGCUACCAAGCCAGCAUUGACUUGGCCAAGGACAAGCUGAUCAUCCAGGGCGAGGAGGUGUCGUUCUUGGGCGAAGCGGAGAUUCCGAAGGAGAGCGAGGAGGCUCUGGAAGAAGAACCCAGAUUGCCUGGCCCAGCUGGAACGACCAUCGGUCAGCGUUCCGGUGUUGUCAGUGGUCCCGAAGGCGCUGCUGCUGCCGCGCCAACGCAGCAAACCCUUCCACAGGGUCGGCCAGCACCUCAGCAGCAGCCUGCAGCACCAACCUUCCCGGAAGAGCAUAUCAACCAGCUCAUGGCUCUAGGUUUUCCCCGUGAAGCCGCGAUCAAUGCUUUGCAAGCCACAGGUGGCAAUGUCGAGUUCGCUGCCGGUCUCUUAUUCGGGGCAUAG